AUGCCCGUGUUUGACAAGCUCAAGGGCAUUCACAGCCCCCUUCCGGGCUCCUUUCGCAGUGAAUGCAACAAAGCGGCGCAAAUCCUCGAUGCCUUUACCAAUCCUGCGAACCUCGAUGGCCCGGACAGUCUCAUUCCGCCAAAAGUCCUUGCCGCGGCCAAGGGCUUCGCCGUCUUUUCCGUCUCCAAAGUCGGCAUCGUGGGCUCCGUCCGGAUAGGAUCCGGUAUUCUGAUCGCGCGUCUCAAAGAUGGCGACUGGUCUGCCCCUUCGGCUAUUCUGACCGCUGGAGUGGGCGUGGGCGGACAGCUCGGUCUGGAGGUCACCAACUUCGUCUUCGUUCUCAAUACCACCAGCGCCGUCCGCACGUUUGCCCAGCUCGGAAGUUUGUCCUUAGGCAAGAAUGUCUCUUUUGCCAUGGGACCAACCGGCCGAUACGGGGAAGUGGGCGGGGUGGUGAGCGCGGGGGGUGUUGCAGGCGUGUUCUCGUACGGACAGAACAAAGGCUUCUUUGGCGGAUUCAGCACCGAGGGGAGUAUGCUGUUUGAGCGUCGGGGCGCGAACCAGAAACUGUAUGGCAACAAGGUCAAGGCGCGGGAGAUACUGGAGGGCCAAUUCUCCCCACCGGUGGAGGCCGACAAUCUGAUGCGCGUGCUGGGUUCAGAUCUCUUUGCUCCUCGACCGGACUUGUUCAAGACGUCCUCUAUCUUGUCCCCGAAGGUGUCGCUGUCAUCAGACAGCCGAUCAGAGCUCUCUGCCGGGAAAGACGGGCAAAAACUGCCAAUCGAAAUGCCCGCUGACGAGGUAGUCCAACUGCCGGCUGAACUGCCCGCCGAGUUUAUUGCUGAGCUGCCUGCAGAGGUGGUCCCGGACACCUACUUUGGCAAAUCGACGGAGAAGCCACUGCCAGAAUUGGCCGGAUCGACCUGCUGA